AGAAGAAGAACAAGUAAGUACACCACGGAAACCUACCAUCAGCACAACAUGAUUAUGAAUCCAAAUCAAAACGAUCAUACCACUCUCAUUCCAUCUGCAUCUGAAUUUAAAUCUGAAUCUGAAUGUGAGGACGACAAUAAGUACCAGAAAGGCGUCAAGCAUUUACUCGAUUCUACGCCGGAGAGAAAGAUGAAGAAGCUCCCCCGCGAAUUCGUGCUUCCGCUGCCACCCCGGCCCACCGCCACCGCCGAUCUCGAUAUUCCUCUCGUCGACCUCGCCGGACUCACCCAACCCCACUCAAGAAUCUCCGCCGUCGAAGCCAUCAGCUCCGCCUGCGCUACCUGGGGAUUCUUUAGGAUUGUGAAUCACGGGAUUGAGGUGGGAAUGAUGUCGGAAAUGAUGAAAGCCGUCGAAGAAUUCUUUGAUCUGAGUGUGGAAGAGAAAAUGAAAUAUGCAUCUGAUGAUGUAAUGAGCCCAGUGAGAUUUGGGACAAGCCUCAACACCUCCAAGAAACACUCCCGACAUUGGAGAGACUUUCUCAGACACUACGGUCAUCCUCUCCACAUAUCCCCUCAAAACCCCCCAAAUUACAGAAUUGUGAGCAAGGAGUAUCUGGAGCGGCUGUGGGAGCUAGCGGGGGGGCUGGCGGGGGCAAUUUCGGAGGGGCUAGGGCUGCCCGCGGGCUACAUCGAGGACACGCUGAUCGGGGACGGGCUGCAAAUCAUUGCCGCCAAUUACUACCCGCCCUGCCCGGAGCCCGACAAGGCGCUGGGGCUGGCGGCGCACUCCGAUCACGGCGCAAUCACAAUUCUGAUGGACAACGGCGUGGAGGGGUUGGAGGUGAAGCACGACGGCGCGUGGAUCCCGGUGCCCCACGCGCCGGGGACUUUCGUGGUGAAUGUCGGGGACUGCCUGGAGGUUCUGACGAAUGGCAAGUACAGGAGCGUGGAGCACCGGGCGACGGUGAACGCGGAGAGGACGAGGAUCUCGGUGGCGGUGGCGCGUGGGCCAAAUUUGUCGACGUGGAUAAGGCCGGCGGAGGCGCUGGCGGAAUGUGGAGCAGGGUGCAGGUAUCGGCCCACAUUGUACAGUGAGUAUCUGAGGCUGCAGCAGAGCUCCACCACCCGGGGAAAAACCGCCCUCCACGCCAUUUCAAUGUAGAUAGGACCACUGCACCACAAACCUGUAUAAUUAUAUAUGUAUAUAUAUAUGUAUGUGUAUAUAUAUUCCUUGCUUUUGCAAUUAAGGAGAUGAUCUUCAUGAACUUGCA